GUCUCAUUAGUGUAAGCACUUUGCUGCGACAGGUGGGAUUGGAGACUGCUUGAUUGGUCUCUCCAUGUGCUGUUGUGAGAUUAAGGCCAGCCAUGCAUGGGUUAAUAGCAUACGUUAUAUAAUGAAGCAGGAGUGGGAGGGUCUGGCCCUUUGUUAUUAUCAGAACUGAGCUGCUUUAAGUGAGAGCCUGUAGUGGUAGAAGGGACCUGCCGAUCAUGUAUCACUUAAUAAAUUUGUUUUUCCGGUGCUUUUUCAUCCUUCUGCCUAUCCCAGUGCCAGAUUUCCCUUGGAUGGGGCAUAGGUAUGAAGAUGUGAGGGUUAGUUAUCCUUGCGGAAGGAAGAGGCAUUUACAUUGUGGUAGGCAUGAUGGAAAAGAGGUAAGGGGUCAGGAGACCAUAUUAAAGCCUCUGGCUGUACCAGAUUCUGAGUGUUGGAAAUGGGCUGUAAAGAGAUUCUGGUCAGUCUACCAAGCUGGGAACUGGCAUCUGUGUUCUCCGUUUAUGCUGCAGACUUUACAGAAAAGCCUUGGCCUUUCCAAGCAAAAUAAUAUGGAAGCAGCAAGACAGCCAAAUGUAAAGUUGAUUGCCAGUGAGGAUUGCCAUAAUAGCCAACUAGAUUCUACAAGCCUGGAUUCCCCUGGCACAACAUUGGAAGAAUCCACUCUUCCAUCAUUAUGUGGCAUAAAUCAAGCCAUUGUUCAGGCCAGUGUUCUGGAGGCCAGUCCAGAGGCAGGGAGAGAGUCUAGCACUUGCAAUCUGACACCAGCAAAUCAGAUUGAUGUGUGUGAGCAGAUUUCCGGAAUGGUUUCUAAGUCCGCAAUGUCCUCAGGAACAGAGUUUGACCGAAUCCUGGAGGACAGUUUGCUGACUGUGCUAGAAGAUGGUGGGGAUGCCAGUGGUCUUUAUGUAAUAGACGAAUGCCAGUCUGAUGAAGAUUUAAGCACUCUCUGUGGAUACCUAGGUGACUUGAUGCCCUCAAUCAUGGCAGAAUCAUGCCAGCCUGCUGAAGGAAGUUGCUGGCUUCCACUACAAUCCACGGACAAAAUGGAGUCCUUCCCCAUGGAAUGGCCAAAUCUAGAUCUUGCAGAAAGGAUGCCCCUACAAAUCGAUUUGGGAUUUGGGUCGUUCCCUGGAAUUGAGUGCUAUGGCAUUGGGAAUCAUUUGGGGCAAAUUAUUAUAAAUCCUGAAAGCACUGAAAAUGAGGAUCAAGAAAAAGGCCUAAUGGAAGCAGGAGACUACAGUGAGGAUGAUUCCACCAGACAGGAUAAAUACAGCGGGGCAGCUACUAGUGGAGGAGAGAACGAUGGAGAUGAAUUAGACCAAAACUGGAAGACUCCUGAUGCCGAGCUGAUACAGAAACUUAUUACGCAAAUUGAGUAUUACCUUUCUGAUGAAAACCUAGAGAAAGAUGCCUUCCUUCUAAAGCAUGUGAGAAGAAACAAAAUGGGAUUUGUCAGUGUUAAACUACUCACCUCCUUUAAAAAGGUUAAACACCUCACUCGGGACUGGAGAACCACUGCAUAUGCUUUGAGAUAUUCCAACCUACUUGAACUAAAUGAAGACAACAGAAAAAUUAGAAGAAAGACCCCUGUUCCUGUUUUUGCAAGUGAGAACCUACCCAGUAAGAUGCUUCUCGUUUAUGAUCUCCACUUCAUCCCGGAGCUGAACUGUUUAGGCAAGGAGCAGGAGAAUGGAGGCAUGCAAGAAAAGGUCAUGGAGCACCUUUUGAAGAGUUUUGGGGCUUUUGGUGUUAUUUCAUCCAUUCGUAUCCUAAAACCAGGCAGGGAUCUUCCAUCCGAUGUGAAGCGGUUUAGUAGUAGGUAUUCCCAGGUUGGAACGAAAGACUGUGCAAUUGUAGAAUUUGAAGAGGUGGAGGCUGCUAUCAAGGCGCACGACACAAUUAAUGUAGAAAGUGAUAUAGAAGAUGGCCUUAAAGUAGUUUUGAUUGGUAUGAAGCCUCCAAAAAAGAAAAUACAGAAAGACAAAAGCAAAGAGGAAGACUCAAAGCAUGUGCGCAAAAACAAGUCUCUCAAUAAGCGAGUAGAGGAACUACAGUACGUUGGGGAUGAGUCUGCAGUGUAUAGUUCUUCAGAACCAGACAGCAAUCCCACUUCACCUAUGGUAGGUCGAAAAAUCCAGUCCAACAACAAGCUAAGCCCAUCUGCUUACCCGAACAACCAUCUGAGCCCCAAUGCAUCUCCUAGAAAUAGUCCCUGGAGUAGCCCUUGUGGACAGCGCAAAGGUGUAAAACAGUCCCCGCUUGCAGACAGUAUGAGCCCAGAGGUUUCUCGAAAAUGCACAGAGUACUCCUCUGACAGCAGUAUUACUCCAUCCAGUAGCCCCUGGGUUCAGAGAAGAAAACAAGCUCAAACUGUCACACAAGAAAAAAGCCCAGUUGGUAGCCCAAUGUUAGGACGGAAAAUACAAAAUGCAGAUGGAUUGCCACCUGGUGUUCUGAGGCUUCCAAGAGGCCCUGAUGGUACAAAGGGUUUCCACAAUGGAGGUGAAAGAAAUAAGCCUGUUCAGUGUUUAUGAAUGCUAUGCAACAUUAUGGAACUGGCUGUGACAGUCCCAUCUCUACUGCCUAGUCCUGUAAUGCAAAACUACGCCUCAGGACCCAUCCAUAAGUCCAUGGCUGCACAUUGCUGCUUCUGCCUGAAAAGAAAUCAGUUUAAAUAGACUGAAAUAAAGUCUUUUUUUUUAUUUAUUUUUUUUAUUUGAUAUGUAACAUUUGUUGUAUAUUUUGCAAAAACCUAAGCUGCAGUUUUUUUUAUUUUUUAUUUUAGUUAAAUUUUAUCAGGCAUCUGAAGCUAGAACAUGCAUCUAAGAUGUAAUGCCAGAGAAAAGGGACUGUGUUGCUUUUUUGUCCCACCAUCCAAUGGCAAUAUAGAUAAUAGUGGCUUCCUGUAGCUCACGGAAACAUGACAAAAUGGUAGGACUCCUGCAACCUUGUUACGACACUGCUGUGCAUCACGAUUGUAAAUGUUCUCUCAUAUCGAUUAAAAUGAAAUCUCCUAAGCAUCAAAA